AUGUCGGCUCCUUCUGGUACUCCCGCAAGUGCCACUAGUGAGGCUCCUAGUGUUUCGAAUGACGCGACCAUGGCGGACGACGAGGAUGUUCCUGUGAACACCCAUGUUAUUUUUAAGCAUUUCCUUACCUCUACCGAAGGUACCUCGAAUGGUCCUGAGCGUACUCUCCGCAUAUGCCGGCACUGCAAGCUUAAGUUCGUAGGGGGCGCCUUCCGUUGCGCGCAACACAUCACGCGCUGGAAAGGGCUGAAACGGAAGGACGUCCGUCUUUGCAAGGCGCCUAUCCCUUCUGCUGACCGCGGCGCCGUCCGCGAAUUGUACGAAGGCAAACACGCCCGCAGGGAAGGGAAGAAGAAGGCGGAGGAGAUGGCGAUCGAGGCGUGUGCGGGUGGAGCGAAGAAGCAGUGCAUCGAAGACUUCUACGGGGAAGGGGCAUCGUGUGCGAAGGAAUCGGCAGACGACGCCAUCUGCCUCAUGUGGGCGGCACUUCACCUCCCGGAGCAUCUCGCCGAUCACCCUCUCUGGCGCAACGCUGUGGGCUGCAUCACAGACGCGGGCCAUGGCUACGUUCUCCCGAAGCGGCGGUAUGUUGGUGGCGCCGACCUUGUGCGCUGCCGCGAAAAGAUCGAGAGGGGGCUCGCUCCCAUCACUUUGGAGACGAAGACGGGAGGCUACAUUGCAUCCGUUUUGCGCCCGAUCAUUGAGAAGGUGGGGCCCGCCAACAUAGUUGCGUUAUGCAUGGAUGGGGGCAGCAAUUAUGCGGCUGCAUGUAGGGAACUCAUGCUUGAGUAUCCUCACAUUGAGCAUGUGCCGUGCGCUACUCACGUCAUGGAUCUGCUCAUGGAGGACAUUGGGAAAAUGGAUUGGGCGAAGGACAUUGUGGCUAAGGCGGGGGUGAUUAUUACCUUUGUACGUGCCCACCAUUUCACCAAAGGCUACAUGCGAAGCCCGCAAGUGAAGGGAGGGAAGGGGAAGCAGGUGCUGAAGCCGGCGGGCACCAGAUUUGGCACGCAAUUCAUCGCGGUGCAGCGGCUUUGCGAGGUGCGGAGUGCAUUGACGCAGAUGGUGCUGAGCCCGGAGUGGCAGGCUUGGGCGAAGGGGAGGAAGCCUCCGGUCGAGCCCUUCGCAACCAUGAUCAUGGAUGCCGUGUGGUGGAAAGGUGCGGGGUUCUUCGUCGCCCUCCUGAAGAUCCCCUUUGUCGUCAUGCGCAAGACCGACUCGACGGCCAAGGGCAUGAUGGGCAGGAUGUACGAUCUGAUGCUGCAGCUCACGGAAGACAUCAAUGCGAAGCUGGAGGAGGAGGAGGCGGGAUUGGUGCUGUCCAGCAGUGAACGCACGGAGGUGACCAACAUCGUCCAAAAGCGCUGGGACCAUAGCAUGGCGUGUGCCAUGCACGUGGUUGGCCGGAUCCUCAACCCGGUCAACCAAGAGGAAGGCAUCUUCCGCACCGACCUGGAGUGUACUCGCAUCUUCAAAGCGUUUGUCGCUCGUCACUACGCAUGGCGGACCGUCACGCGCAAGGAUGGCGAGGAGCUGCGCGCAUCCCACGUCAUCCAGGACGGCCUGGCGGCAUUCAACACCCUUCAGGGGAGCUUCGGCCUACCCGACGCCAUCUCUGACCGUGAGCUCGUGAAGGCCGGUAAGAAGACGGUCGUCCAGUGGUGGACGUGGCACGGGACGGAGCACCCCGAGCUGACAACGCUCGCUUCCCGCGUUCUCUCUCAGCCAGUGUCCGCAUCGGCGUGUGAGAGGAACUGGGCAGUGUGGGAAUCGAUCCACACUGCCAAGCGCAACAGGUUGGGGUCUGAGAAGUGUCGGGACCUCGUGUAUGUUGCGCACAAUUGGAACAUUGUGCGCAACUGGCACAAGGGGGCUGAGUGGGUGACGGUUCUCCCGGGGAACAUCCCUGAGGCCUCCCUGCGGGAAGGGUACAACGAGGUUAUGGAGGAGGAUGAGGAGGAGGGGGAGGAGGAUGAGCUGGAGGAUGAGUACAAGUAG